AUGAUGAGAUCUCUUUCCUUGGUAAGCCUUCUACGUCGAUAUGACAUUCGAUACGAUCCCAAAUCUCACCGACUCCGCUGCCAAGGUCACAUUAUCAACCUUGCCGCCAAAGCUUUCCUCUUCGUUACCGAUAAUGAGAAGCUCAAAGACGACGAACGUGAUGGGCAUAAUGUGACACUAAAAGAGAUCGAGGCGUGGCGGAAAAGGGUCCCCUUGGCAAGCUCCACAACUUCGUGGUUUUCGUCCAAAGUAGUGUUCAGCGUCGCCAAAAGUUUCUGGCCAUCAGCCAUAAUCGCAAGCUUGCGGGGCUGGGUCAUCCUCGAGAAGAUCAAGUCUUUCUUGGAGAAGCUUAAAAUGACGACAAAGGCCCUUGAGUCAUCGUUUGCAACUCUUGACAAUGUUCUCUUGGCUAUGGACUUCGUAUUGGCGCAAUUCGAAGCAGGAAAAGAGGCACAUAUCGACGAUCCGAUUAUGGCACCAAUGUAUAACUCGGGCUGGGCGAAGAUGGAUAAGUACUAUUGUCUUACUGACGAAUCGCCUGCCUACGUCGCUGCGAUUGUGCUUCACCCUUCGCAUAAAUGGCACUACAUACACGAAAACUGGAAGAAGGAGUGGGCUGACUCGUCAAAGAAGCUGAUGGAGACACUGUGGGAUGAUUAUAAACCUGUGGAGCCGCCUUCUCUAUCUGAGGUUCCGUUGACGACCACGAACGAGUUCUUGAAUUGGAGAAACAAGCACCUACAACCAGCACUUAUCACAGACGAGUACGAGCGAUAUUCAAAAGAACUACCCAUACCUGAGCAAAAUGGCGGUGGAUAUACUACCGUCGAAAUCGACUUGGGAGUGAUGUAA